UCCCACACAACUACACAAGUCCCAAACCAUCUGCAAGCAUCCUUCAUCCUAGCUAGGCUCCUAACUUACUUGUACCUUACUUAGCCAAGGAAGCAACGGCAGCACCAAGAAUAGUUGAGGAGAAGGAGAGGAGCUGAUAAGAGAGAGAUGGCGUCCAUGAUGGGAGGAGACUUCGUGGAGGCCUACGUGCUCAGGAACGCCUACAAGAAGAAGAUGAGGCGCAUGGACCAAGCGGAAGCCGCGGCGGCGCUCGACGGCGCAAAGAGCGGCAAGGACACGGAGGCCGCCGGCGCCGCCGGAGAGAAGAAGGCUGCUGCUGCUGGUGGUGCGAGCAGCAGGGGGCGAUUCUUUGGCCUCAUGAAGAAGAAGGAUUUCCGGCAGUGCGCGUUCAGUAGGAGAAGAUGUUCCUGUUGACUACGAGGCGCCUAUGAUGAUGUCGUAAUAUCUCAAGAUGAUA